GCGGUGCUCAAAUCAAUGGACGCAGAGGGGCGGGGCUCCGGCCGUGACGCAGGCACGUUCGGCUACGUCGACGUUCGCCUGGGAAACAUGUCGGCGUCUGAGACAACGACAAAGGAGCGUUCUGAAAAAGAUGACUCAAAAGAGUCGUUAGUUGGACCAAGUCAAGAAAAGAAAGAUCAUGCAGCGUCCACCGUGUCUGCUGCUGCUGCUGAAUACACAGAGCCUGUAGGAACGCCGUCGACGUCGUUGUCUCAGCAGCCUGGACAGGAUGGAGAGAAAAAGUCUUCUGCCUCGUCCACACCGAACAAAACCGCUGCAGGACACUCAGCGAAGUCGCUCUCAUCAGCGUCCUCCUCUGCGUUGUCUUCCUCUCCUUCCACGUCUUCAACGUUGUCUCCUGGCCGCGCAAAGAUGAGCGUCUCUGGGCCCGGCAGCAGUAAAUCUGUCCUGCCUCCUGCACCUUCAUCCUCCUCUUCCUCCUCUGCUACGGCUUCUUCUUUUUCUCCGUCUGUUUCCCCAGCGACGCCCAAAAUUCACCGAGCCCGCAAGACCAUGAGCAGGCCGCCGCCGGCACAGAUGAGUCACGUUGAGGCUCCUAUUGCUUCAGGAUCCUCCACCUUCCUGUCCUCUGACUCUGAAACAGCUGCAAAAAGGAAGAAACUGGGCCACCUAUCAGACGGCACACCUGAGAAGUCCGAAAACGUUCCAGACAACGCUCAGAAUGUGGAUGGAAAAUUGUUCCAUAAAAAGGCGGAGCCUGUUGCCAAAACCUCGUCACUGAAGAGCAACAGCUUUGUGGGGGAAGCAGACGAGAAAAUUCCCUUUUCUAGUCCAUCCACGCGAGAUUCAGACAAGUUUGAAACUGGUGGAGGAGAAGGAAGGCAGAGAGCUAAAGACUUAGAGGGGUCACUUAACAUGUCAGAUCAUAGUUUGGAGUCAGAAAUGCAGAGAGCCGUCCACAGUCGAAACGAGAGCGAGGAGUCUUCAUGGCCGCCGUCGGAUCAGGACAAAGAGAGAAACGCAGCAGAUGUGGUGGAAACGGUGGGAGGACAGCCUGCAGAAUACACGGAGGUUCCUUUGGGUGCUUUGGACAUCGCUGCUGCUGACAGUCUGACACUUUCUCCUCAUGAAGGCAGCGAUGCCGGAGACACUGAGCGUCUGGAGGAGCUUCCUCUGUGCAGCUGCAGGAUGGAGGCUCCUCGGGUGGACAGCAGCAGCCAGAGAACCAGCCGCCAGUGCAUGGCCACGGAGAGCAUCAACGGAGAGCUUCGGGCUUGCACCAACCGGACCCCUAAAGGUGAAACCAUGCGUCCGUCCAGUCGGGUUCCCCUCAUGAUUCUCUGUGACGUCCAUCGAUCACACAUGGUCAAACACCACUGCUGUCCUGGUUGUGGAUACUUCUGCAUAGCGGGCACGUUUCUUGAGUGCUGUCCGGACCAACGCAUCGCUCACCGUUUCCACCGGGGUUGUGUGACCGUUUUGGGCGGUGGUCGCAGCAGAGCGAACGGCGGCGGUCUGCUUUUCUGCCCUCACUGCGGCGAAGACGCCUCUGAGGCCCAGGAGGUCACCAUCGCCUCCUUCAGCUCAGCCACGGCAUCUGCAACCACCGUGGUCACCAUGUCGGCCUCCUCCACCACCACCCCGUCUCUGCCGCCGUCUGUCCCCAUGGCGCCCUCCUUCACUGCCUCCACCGGGGGCAUGAAGGACGGGAAGAUGCCCGAGAGACCUGUGAGCGCUCGGAUGCGUAGCCACGGUUUGGUGAAGCUGACCGUGGAGCAGCAGCAGCCUCCUCAGCCGGUAGCUACAGCAGCGACAGCCGCCGCCGUUCCCCCAGCAGAGGAGGGAGUGGACAGCGUGGGGCCGUCGCUCUGCAUGCCAAACGGGAAACCCAUCAGUCCCAGUGCACUUCCACCUGGUCCCAGCAGGGCGGCGCUGCAGAAAGCCAUCCUCACACAGGACACAGAAAGGAGGAAGAAGCUGAGGUUCCACCCUCGCCAGCUCUACCCCGCUGCCAAGCAAGGAGAGGUGCAGAGAGUUCUGCUCAUGCUCAUGGAGGGAAUAGAUCCGACAUAUCAGCCUGACUCACAGAAUAGACGCUCUGCUCUUCAUGCUGCGGCUCAGAGAGGUCUGCUGGAGGUCUGCUACAUGCUGGUGCAGGCUGGUGCUCAGGUGGACGCCCAGGACAAAGACAUGAGGACUCCUCUGCUGGAAGCCAUCAUCAACAAUCACAUAGAGGUGGCUCGCUACCUGAUCCAGAACGGAGCCUGCGUCUAUCACAUCGAGGAGGAUGGAUACACCGGCCUCCACCACGCAGCCAAGCUGGGAAACCUGGAAAUCGUUGGCAUGCUUCUGGAGACGGGGCAGGUUGAUGUGAACGCACAGGACAGCGGUGGCUGGACGCCAAUCAUCUGGGCUGCAGAGCACAAGCAUGUCGAUGUGAUUAAAUCUCUGCUGAACAGAGGAGCUGAUGUCAGCAUCAACGAUAAGUCCCGUCUCUCCCAUCAGGAGCUGAAUGUGUGUCUCCACUGGGCGGCAUACGCUGGUAACGUUGACAUAGCAGAGCUGGUGUUGAACGCCGGCUGUUCCCUGGCCUCGGUUAACGUUCACGGAGACACGCCGCUCCACAUCGCUGCCAGAGAGGGCUACCUGGACUGUGUUACGUUGUUCCUGUCUAGAGGUGCAGAUAUAGACGUCAUGAACAGGGAGGGCGACACUCCUCUCACUUUAGCACGAGCCGACACGCCGGUGUGGGUGUCGCUGCAGAUCAACAGGAAGCUGCGAAGGGGGAUAACCAAUCGAAUGCUUCGUACAGAAAGAAUCAUCUGCAGCGACAUCGCGCAGGGCUACGAGAAUGUACCGAUUCCCUGCGUGAAUGCGGUGGAUGACGAGGGUUGUCCUUCAGACUACAAAUAUGUGUCAGAAAACUGUGAGACUUCAGCGAUGAACAUAGACCGUAACAUCACACAUUUACAGCACUGUAGCUGCACUGACGACUGCUCAUCCAGUAACUGCCUCUGUGGACAGCUCAGCAUCCGCUGCUGGUAUGACAAGGACCAGCGGCUGCUACAGGAGUUCAAUAAAAUCGAACCUCCGCUUAUAUUUGAAUGCAACAUGGCCUGUUCUUGUUAUCGAACGUGCAAAAACCGGGUGGUUCAGGCCGGCAUCAAAGUUCGUCUGCAGCUCUACAGGACGGAGAAGAUGGGCUGGGGGGUUCGAGCUCUGCAGGACAUUCCUCAGGGAAGCUUCAUCUGCGAAUAUGUUGGGGAGUUGAUCUCGGAUGCAGAAGCAGAUGUUAGAGAAGACGACUCCUACCUGUUUGACCUGGACAACAAGGAUGGCGAGGUGUAUUGCAUCGACGCCCGUUACUACGGCAACAUCAGUCGCUUCAUCAACCACCUGUGCGACCCGAACCUGAUCCCGGUCCGUGUGUUCAUGCUGCACCAGGACCUGAGGUUCCCUCGGAUUGCCUUCUUCAGCUCCAGAGACAUCCUCAGCGGACAAGAGCUCGGAUUCGACUAUGGGGACCGGUUUUGGGACAUUAAGAGCAAGUAUUUCACCUGUCAGUGCGGAUCAGAGAAGUGCAAGCACUCGGCUGAGGCCAUCGCCCUGGAGCAGAGCAGGCUGGCUCGGCUGGAGGCCUGCCCAGAAUCGGGAGCCGACUGUGGGAUGACCAUGAUAGGAAACUCUUAAAACACCCGUGAGGCCUUUGGAUGAACCUCUUCAGUUUUACAUGUGCAGACUAGCAAACAUGCCACAGAGGGGUUUGUCAUUCAGUUUGUGCUGUACGGUGCUGUUUUUUUCUACUUGAAAUGUCAUUUCUUUUUCCAAAAACUGUCAGCCAAUUUGUCACUUUAUCAUUUCCACUGUAGAGCAGGACACGGGCCUUAAUGCUUUUUAAAGAGUUGGUGUUUGGGGGGAGAACAGGAGGUCUUUGGAUUCCAUAUAUGCAGUAAUUUCACUGUAUUAGAUCAUAUACUUUCACCUUCACACAUAAACUUUGUGUAUUAGGACCUCCUGUCUUCACUGCCAUCGUAUACCAGUCAUACAUUAUUUUUAUAUAUAUAUAUAUAUAUAUAUAUAUAUAUAUAUAUAUAUAUAUAUAUAUAUAUAUAUAUACAUACAUACUUUUUCUGUUGUGCCAACAAACUCAUUGACAUAGGACAGUAAUGGGUCAGACCUUCUCCCAUGCUGGACUCCAUGAGGACCUGAGGGAUAGCAUUGUUUUUUUGUAUGAUUGUUUUAGCUUUAUUUUCCUUAUUUUUUUAUACAUAUCAUUUUCUCUGUCCUAUGUAGUGUAAUAAAAUAACUCAUGAGUUGA